AUGGCUGAAAUUGACGGGGGUGGCGUAAAACCCUAUACAGAUAUGAAGGAGAACGGUCCUGAAAGCCCGCCUCUAGUGAGUCAUUCACCACAACACAGUUCAUCGCCAGCAUUGAACAACAACAUACUUUCCAGCCAUCAAUUAUCAAAUUCCAACUCCAUUAAGAGUAGUACUAGUAAUGGAAUGACAUCAGAACAACGUCGGAAAUUAAUAUCUGAAGCUGAACAACAAAGAACUGAACAGAGACGUCAACAGUUUCUUGAGGCACAGAGGCGAGCUGAAGAGCACCGUGAGAAGCAGCGUGAAGAACGUAAACGUCGAAUUGAAGAAAAUAAAAAACGUGAAGAGGAGCGACAAAGAAAAGCAUUAGAGACGAAAAAGGAAAUUGAACGCCAGUAUAAGGAUUUUUCCACUGUUGUUGAUUUUCCAAUUGUGCUACCCAACCCUGUUUAUGUUUGUGCAUCCACAGUAGUCUACGGAUAA